AUGGACGUGGGAUAUAAGGGUCACCCCUGGACAUGGUGUAAUAACUGGGAUGGGGAUGGGGAAAUAAAACAAAGGCUGGAUAGAGGAUUAAGUAGUUAUCCUUGGAUGCAAACCUUUGAACGAGCUACAUGUAAACAUCUUGACUCCUUUGCCUCAGAUCAUAGUAUGCUACUAUUUGAUACUAAGCCAGGUCCCAACAGGAGGAAAAAAAGGUUCUACUUUGACAAAAGAUGGCUCCAAAGGGAAGAGAUUAAUGAUGUGGUAAAGCAGGGUUGGGACCAAGAAGUGGAGGGCACAAGAAUGUUCAAGCUAACAACGAAGGUUAAAAGAUGUAGGAUAGCACUGCUGACUUGGAAGAAUAGGAUACAAGGUAACUCGAAAGUAAACAUUGAAAGAGCAAAAAAACAAUUGCUGGAGCUGGGAGCGAGUGGGGUAGAGGACAUCAAAAACAAGAGAAAAUGCUUGAAGAAUAAGUUGAAAGAAGCCUAG